AUGAGUAAUCAGAACUCAAUUGUCAGCGAUCUCGAUGUUCGCCUUCACAUUUCGGCGUUUUCUAGGACAAAGGGGAAGGAAUACUUUGUCAAAUUCUUGUGCAUCGUUUUCUUUCCCCUUUUGCCCUUGAUUUUCUACUGGAAACCGUCUUGGUGGGCGCAUGCAGCAUUCCAAAAGUGUUCAUUAAAAACUGCAACGCAUAUUUUCGUCAAACGUGGCGAAAUAGAAGAGCUUGUUCCUGUCCAAAUCAUCAAGGCGGAUGGCUCGCUUACUAACGCAACGACGCAGAAUGUUUCCAGCUCUCUUGAUAAGACAAUGUUGGUAGAAGAGAACACAGAGUCGAGGUUAUUCAAGUUCGGCGCUGUUCGAUUCUUCUGGAAUGAGAGUGAAAACAAUUUUAUGCGACAAGUCGCGCUUGAGAGUGGGCAUUCCAUUCAAGAAGUUGUAUCGGGAUUUUCGGAAGGGUUGACAUCUUCGCAGCGCAAUCAGCGACUCUCAAGAUAUGGCGCUAAUACAAUCGAAAUCGAAGUAAAGUCUUACUUUGCCUUGCUCAUCGAGGAAGUGCUCAAUCCGUUCUAUAUCUUCCAAAUCUUCUCCAUCGUCCUUUGGGGCAUUGAAGAGUAUUUUUAUUACGCUGGAGCUAUUUUGGUUAUAACAAUUGUUUCAAUUACCAUCUCUCUCUACAAGACAAAAAAGCAAUCACAGGAUUUGCACGAUAUGGUCACAGGUUCCAGCAUCGUUCAACGUUUUAAUCAAGAUAUUGGGCAGUGGGUGGCUGUAGACUCGAGGGAGCUGGUUCCAGGCGAUCUCGUCAAGGUUGAAGCUGGGCCUGUUCAAGCUGACAUGUUAUUUAUCAAUGGUACGGCGAUUGUAAAUGAAGCGAUGUUAACUGGAGAGUCAGCUCCUGAGCAGAAAGAACCACCGACCGGUAUCACUGGCUUUUAUUCUCCAGAAAAACAUAGACGGCACACUCUUUUCGCUGGAACGAAUGUUAUCCAAGCCAGGGCGCCUAGCAGUCAACCUGUUUGCACAGCGGUUGUGAUCCGGACCGGUUUCUAUACUGCCAAAGGCGACCUCGUCCGGUCGAUUCUUUUCCCCUCUCCAGUUGGGUUUGGCUUUUACGAAGAUGCGAUCAAGUUUAUUGGCAUUUUGGCAAUUCUAGCCCUAAUCGGAGACGUUUACAGCACUUGGCUAUUUCUCUCCCGAGGAGAUAACAUUAAGAAGGCUAUCCUUCGCGUGCUCGAUUUAAUAACUGUAGUCGUUCCACCUUCUCUCCCCGCUGCGAUGACUGUGGGUACGGUUUACUCACAGUCAAGGCUGAAAAAAGAUCAUAUCUUCUGCAUUUCACCGGGGAGAAUCAAUGUUGCUGGCAAGAUUAAAGUAUGUUGUUUCGAUAAAACUGGAACACUGACAGAAGAUGGUUUGCACUUUCAUGCUGUUUUAAGUGCAGAUACCAUGACUGAGAAAAUUUUUCAAAAGCCAUCAAUUGAGCUCGGGCAAUCUUCACUGCUUCUUCACGCGUUAGCAACAUGCCACUCGAUCAGUUACGUUGACAAGGAAAUGAUUGGGGAUCCGCUUGAUAUAAAGAUGUUCUCGUCGACUGGAUGGGAGUACGAAGACUCCAGUGAAAACGAGAAGCUCGAGUAUCCAACUGUUAAACCGCCUUUAGGUGGAUUGAAAGGACUUAAAAUUUCAAUCGUUCGUAACUUCCCAUUCUCAUCGGACCUUCAAAGACAGUCCGUCAUUGUUAAAAACGAUCUACAAGAACACCCCUUCAUUUUUCUCAAGGGCGCUCCCGAGAUGGUAGCAUCCAAAUGUACCUCUGUUCCAGUGAACUUUACGACAGAACUAGAGAAACUUACUCGUCGGGGCUACAGAGUACUAGCACUUGCUGGGCGGGAGAUUAAACAAUCAAUGGAUGAGAUUCAGAAAAUAGAAAGAGACGAUUGCGAAAACAAUUUGAAUCUACUUGGCUUACUCGUUAUGCAGAAUCAGCUGAAAGACGCAUCUGCUCCCACCCUUGCAGAGCUUGCCGCUGCCAGUAUUCGAACAGUCAUGGUUACUGGUGACAAUUUACUUACUGCGAUUGCUGUUGCACGAGAUUGCGAACUCAUUCCAACUACGUGUCCAGUAAUGAAAGUCUCUGUCUCUGGAUCGCCUCCUCAAAUUCAAUUUACGCCGGAGACUCCUCAAUCAGGCCAGCCCGAGCAAGUUCCGCUUCAAGAUCAGACUAUCGAAAGAACACCCCUAGAAAAUGGCAUGAGCAAGAAUAACUGGCGCCUCGCAGUAACGGGCAAGUACUGGCAACUACUUCGCGAUAAUUUCCCGGAGGAACUGCCUUACAUCGUUCAACGAGGAGCAAUUUUCGCACGAAUGUCCCCCGAUCAGAAAGCGCAGUUGAUAGAAGAGCUUCAAAAAAUCGACUAUCAAGUGAUCAUGUGUGGCGACGGUGCUAACGAUUGUGCGGCUUUAAAAUUGGCCAACGUUGGCGUCAGUCUUAGCGAAAGUGAAGCCUCCGUUGCUGCUCCGUUUACUGCCUCGUGUGGCGAUAUCAGUUGCAUACCCAUUUUGUUGCGGCAAGGAAGAGCAGCAUUGAUCACCUCUUUUGGCACGUUCAAGUACAUGGCACUGUACAGUCUAAUCCAGUAUGUUUCCGUGCUCAUCUUGUACACUUUCGAUUCUAACCUUGGAGACAUGGAAUUCCUGUGGAUUGAUCUUGGUAUCACAACCACCGUCGCCAUUUUCAUGUCGAACAACGACGCCUGGCCUAUUUUGGUUAAAAAGCGUCCACCUGGAUCACUUUUGAAUCCGACUAUUUUGAUGAGUUUGAUUCUUCAAGUCAUUGUCGUCGUCGCCAUCCAAGCCUUUGUCACAGUCGAUGUCCUCAACAAAUCAUGGUACGUCCCUGCAAAAGUGAACAUUACCUCUGAAGACGAAGAUAUCAUUGGGAUGGUGAACACGGCUAUUUUCUCUGUUUCGGCGUUUCAGUACCUCAUUCUUUCUUUCGUCUUUUCGCAAGGGCCGCCUUAUCGUACUCGCAUUUGGAAAAAUCUUCCUUUUCUCUUCUGUCUUGUAAGCUUGACAAUAAUGACCGCGAUUAUCUGCAUCUGGCCUUCGCUUGAAAUUACUAGAGCUUUUGAACUCGCGAUCUAUAACAAGGACUGGGGAGAAGAAAACAUAGUAUCUGAAAGCGAAGCUGUGCCAAUUUUUUAUCGAGUCAGCUUGAUGUUUCUAGUGGCAAUCCACUUCGUGAUAGCCUAUGCGAUCGAAGAACUCAUCUCCACCUCCAAACUUGUGCACAAGUUACUCAACAUAAUUCGCCGCAAGAAACUUCCGAAGAGCAAGUUCAAACGUCUCGAGAUCGAAAUUCAGACGCGCAACUCGUGGAUUAGCUCCAGUACGAUUUAA